AUGGUAGGAACUCACAGUUUGUGUGGAAAGUUUAAACGUGAAAGUACCAACACCAUGUCAAGCAACAGAUCCGUACAGCAUGCCAAGGAACCCGUUACCUACACGUGUGCUUUGUGUGAUAGUGAAGACGGGGUACGAUGGUAUUGUAACGAUUGUCAGGAGAAUUUAUGUGAUCGGUGCAAGGAAUUCCAUACACGCGGGAAAAAAACUAAAAACGAUGACGUCGUAUCGAUAGGAGAGGCUAACCGUCAGGGCGACAAGCCUGUACCAGAGGUAUGUAAACUACAUCCCGGUAAACUGUGUGAUCUUUUCUGCUCGAACUGCAAUGCGUUGAUUUGUUUGACAUGUUUAUCUACAAAUCACAAACAGCACAACUGGAAACUUUUGGAAGACGAACUGUCUGUCAAAAAGGAACAUUUUAAGGAACACAUGACAACGAUAGCUGACAGAAUAGCAAAUUUCAAGAACGAGACAUCAGAGCGACAUCGCGUGAACAAAACGUUCAAAGACAACAUUGAUACAACGAGGAAAGAGGUGAACUCACAGAGGACUAAGUUAAAGGCAGCAGUAGAUGAUAUUGCGGAAGCAGUGCUGGCCGAGUUAUCAUCAUUAGAAAAAGAAGAAGCACUAUUUUACAAGAAAGAUAUUCAACGAUCAGAGAAAAAUGCCAAAGAGUUGACGCGUCUGCUUGAAAAGGCGGAACUGACGGCUGCAUCUAUUAUAUCUAUAUUUGAAACGAAAGUGUCAUUGAGGAAAACUCUGCCCCAGUAUGACGUUAAUAUGAAACAUGUUUCACCAAAACAAUCAAGCUUUGUUACAGGAAGUAUCGACCGCGUCCUGCUGAAAAAAAUGUUUGGUGAAUUACACAAGGGACACGUUCAACGUCUCUCUUAUUUUACUACUACUCAGCAAAAUCAAAUAUUCAGUAUAUGUCCAGUCGACGACAGUCACGCGUGGUUAUCAAUAUACAAAUACCAGGGUCUGGAACUGGUCAACAGGGGUGGUGUGAUCAAAGAGACAGUACAACUGGACUUCUCUCCAUUUAGAAUCACCACCAUGAUCAAGACAACAGACAUACUUAUGACCGGUAUUCCAUUUGGUACACACGUGUAUAAACUAUCACUUAGCAACAAACAAGUGACAACAUUUGCUGACAUCAGACCACAUAAAGCAUAUGACAUCAGCAUCAACGACAGGGACGAAGUGUUUGUUAGUACAGGUACACCAGACAUAGUGAUACUGAAUCAGUCAGGUACAAUUGUUAGGAAGAUGACAUGUGGAAUGGAUGGGCGGUUUAUUACAUGUUUGUCGUCAGGAGACAUUGCAGUGUCGGACUAUGAUAAUGUAUCAAUCAUAACAGACAGUUCUGAUACAACCAAAUAUAAAUGGACUGGUGAACUCAACAACGGUCAAAAGGUUGGUCGUUGUAACCUCUAUAAUAUGUCAUGUGACAAGUACGACAGACUGUUAAUACCAGACUUCAAUAACAAUCAGGUGUAUGUCCUACAGGGAGAUGGUACACAGGCCACGUGUCUCCUGGAUCAGAGACUUGGGGUGAUCCAACCUACAGCGGUGGGUGUGGAAACGUGUGGGAACGUGUGGAUCGGAUGUGACGACGGUACCGUACACGUGAUGGGACUGUGUGGAUCGAUUAUCGCGACGGUACCGUCCCAAUCCUGGAACUGUAAAAUGAUGAAACUAUAUGAUGUACAAAAAAUCCUCAAAUACCGAAUCAAAUUGUAG